UGCUGCAUUCAAGUUAGAUAGAUCUGACAAGCUUUAAAUACAAGAGGGGGACAAGGUACAAGCAUGAAAUGUGCUGCAGAAAUCAGAGGCCAUCUUGCGAUGCUGUUGAGAAAAAGCCGUGAAGAUGCAGAAAACCAACGAGCACUGUUUUAUUCGUGUCUCCGUCUCCUCUGUGGUACCAAGGCAGCUGUCAACCAACGGGAUAUUAGCACAGCGGGGCUACCGAGCUGUGUUCACUGAGUUAAAACGACAUUGACAUGAAAGAGGAGAGUGUCUGUUGUAGUGUCUCUGUGGAGACAUGUCACACCGUGAGUUUUUUCCAGUCUGAAAUCUUUCAGCGUCUCUCUCACAACCCAACGUCUCCUUGAGUGACUGAGUUAAUUCACUCUGGUGCCGGAGAGAACAGAAAGGAGGCGCAGCUCCGCUUCUCCAAUGGCUUCUGUGAGCCUUGUUUCCAGUCCCCCAGCCCCUGUUCUUGACAAAAACAUGACAGACUCUGAGCUUGCAGGGGACGAAAGGGAGGAUGGUGAACUAGAAGAUGGAGAAAUAGAUGAUGAAGGGAUUGAAAUUGAUGAGGAAAACAAAGAGGCUCCAGAGGUGCAGGAUGAGAAGGAAAAGGAGCAAGGAAAGGAGAGAGUGAAGGAGAAAGAAGAAAAAUCUCACAGGCACUCAAGAAAGAGAUACAAAAAGACCAAAGAGAAGAAGAAAUCCAAACGAAGGAAACGUGAGAGACAAAAGCACCACUCUCCCUCCAGCAGCUCCAACUCUGACAGUUAUGACUCUGACUAUGACCGAGUUGAAAGGUCAAAAGUCAGGAAAAGCAAAGGAUCCAGCCGUGAAUCUGAUGGCCAGCCCUCUCAGCACGGGCGUGACUCAAAGGGAGGUCACGGCAACUCACAGAGGUCACCUCUGCGCAAGAGCAACGACUUUGACAAAUACAGUGACUAUAGCGAUGAAUAUGAUGAAGAGGAAGACGUCUACGAUGAAGACAUGUCUGAGUACCAGCAGUCAAAAGAUCAUAAUCAAGGGAAGGGGCGCCACGUUAAAGACCAUAUGAGGAGAGGAAGCAUGAGGGGAAUGAAGCAGCAGUUUGGACAGAGAGGAAGAGGCCGAGGUAUGGGACCCGGCAGAGGACGUGCCAUGCUCAUGAAAAACAAGAAGCUUAAGGGCAAACCCUGGGCUGGACGUGGACGAGGGCGUGGAGGAGAUCACGGACUGGAGGACAUGGAGGUUAAAAAUUCUGCAUUUCAGAGGAAGAGACCGCCCAUGAGCAAAGAGUUCAUUAGUCAACACACUAUAGAACACAAUGGCAAAUACAUCUGCAAGUAUUUCCUGGAGGGGCGGUGCAUCAAGGGUGAACAGUGUAAGUUUGACCAUGAGUUGAUUGCACUAGAGAAGAAAAAAGAACUCUGUAAAUUCUAUCUCCAAGGAUACUGCAGUAAAGGAGAAAACUGCAUUUACAUGCACAAUGAAUAUCCCUGCAAGUUCUUUCACACUGGAGCUAAAUGUUAUCAAGGAGACAACUGCAAAUUCUCCCACCAGCCUCUGACUGAUGUGACUAAAGAACUGCUUGAUAAGAUCAUUAACACAGAGGAGGAAAAUGCCCGUGAAGAUGAAAUGGAGCUGGAGGAUCUAAGGAAACAGGGUAUUGCCCCACUUCCAAAGCCUCCUCCUGGUGUGGGUUUGCUGCCCACUCCUGGUCAGAGCAGUCCAACAGAUGGUGCAUCUGGCCAAGCAGGGAAGAAGAUCCCUUCACUGUUUGAAAUCAAGGUUCAACCAACUGUUGACUUGGCACAAAAAAUCAAUCUCGGUGGAUCCAACCUAUCUCAGAAUGAAGGUGAAGAUAGUGGUCAGUGCGGUGGCUCGGAGGACACACAGACUGGGGGUAGUGUGACUUCAGGCUCCUCUGCUCCACCAAUUCCUCUCCCUGGUUCACCUGGUCACCAAACAGGACCGCCUCUGCCACAGAGUCCACCAGGCCAACACCCACCACACAGAUUUCCAUCUGGUCCACCAGCACCUUUUCUCGGCAGCCAACCUAAUCUGAACCCUCAAGUAAAUGUGCAAAGGCCUUUUCUUACAGGACCUGAUCUACAAAUGCUGCAAAGUCUACUAUCUCUACCAUCGUUGGGUCAGAACCAAGUAGAGCUGCUAGGCAGCCUUCUCCAGAACCAGGCAAUGGGUAAACAAGAAGUGGACCCUGUUAAGGCCUUCAUACAGAAUCUGGAGCAGCAGAUGGGUGCGGAGUCACAGUUACAGUCUUUACCUCCAGCAGUGCAGAAAGCCAUUUAUUUACACCUAACACAGGGCAAUGAGCCACAGAGAGCAGAGGCUCAGGGCACUAAUAACACUAACAGAGAUGACACUACAAACUGGUACUCCAGCGAUGAGGAGGAUGGAAACAGUGUUGCCUCUAUUCUAAAAACACUAAAAAAACAGAGUGAGAUGCAGCCAUCUCAGUCCAAACCCCCUCAGAUGGCCUCAACGGUCCUGGCUCCAGGAGACCCCAGGCUUGUUAAAGAAAGGGCCAUGCCUUCUGAUCCUCGUUUCAAGAUGGACCCCCGGCAAAGGUUACCAGAUUUAAAAAAGGAGUCAGACGGAGCUGCAGAUCCACGGUUCUCCAGAGACCCCAGGAAGAUAAGACCAAUGGAAAAAAGUCUCUUUCUGCAGCAGGGCCAGUCUGUUCCUCAGAAGGCUCCUGCAGGAGAAGAGGAGGAUGAAGGAGAACGGGAGCUCCGGGACAGAGCAGUUCUCAUUCCUCUAGAUGCCGUCCCUGGUGUAGUGCUACAUGACCCUCGUUGCCAGUUAAAGCAGUUUAGCCAUAUUCGGGUGGACAUUAUUCUUCAGCGGCCGGCCUUCGCUCAGUCGGUGGUGUGGGCACCUGAGGACCUCAUUCCCUCCCUGGUGCCCAAACAAGAACACUCUAUCAACCUCCCUCUGCCACCGCUGAUCGCAGAUGCUCAGAUGAACCGAACAAACCUACCGGACUAUCCUCCUGUCUCCAGCCCUCCACCCGCUGAUCCCAGAUUGAUAGCUGCACGAUUAAAGGAACGUGUACCUCGUUUAUCUCCUGGAACUGUAGAGCCUCGACCUUUGACAGAACGACCUGUAGACCCUCGACAGCAAAAAUCUCUAGAUCCAAGGCUCAAACGUACAGCAAGCUUGGACUCUAAGCCGAUGGGUCAGAAAGAAUCCUGCUCAGGUGGAGCAGUUGUAGAUCCACGGCUUCAGAAAGCAAACUCCAGCUCUACUAACAAUACUGCUCAAGUUAAGUCAGAGCCUGAGAAGCUUCCACCGUAUGCCCCUCGUCUAGCAUCAACGGGCGGAGGUUUGGAAAGUCCGACUACAAUUCUUGGAGGCAUCAGUCUGUAUGAUCCUCGCACUAAGAUAGAGCAGAAGGAACAAUCAGAACCUCCUAAAAGGGCAGGGAUUCUAAAACAUCCUGUUAAAAAAGACAAUGUUCCACCACAAUCCCUUUCACCAUCUCAAAGAUCUGGCUCUUUUGAGGAGAUCCCAAGCACAGACACGUCUGAGGAGCUUCCACCUGGGAAUUCUCCUACCGUUCCUCCUUCAUUACCUCUCAAACCUCCAGCAGUUCAUAACCUCCCUAUCCAGGCUCUGGCGGGACUGAUUCGACCUCAGUACACCGACCCCAGACAAGGCAAGCUUUCAGGACAGGCUUCUACAGGAGCACAAGAUGAAACUGAGCUCAAGAAGGAAGAGGAGGAGGAGAAGGAAGAACAGCUGCAGGUUGUACAGGAGGAGGUAGAAGAGGAGAAGGAGGUGGCUCAAAAAGAGGGAGAGGAGAAAAAGGAUCCAGAGGAGGGUGCAGAAGACAGGACACUCAAAGAUGUCUUCAAGACUUUUGAUCCCACUGCUUCACCUUUCUGUCAGUAAACACUUCAGUGUCAAAGAAGAAAAUGGUGGUUACAUUUUAUAAAACGUGCUGUACAAAAGCUUUACAUUACAACUAUUUAUUUCUGUAUAUAAACGGUUCUGUGUUAAGUGACAUUUUUUUGUAAGAGACAGUGGUGGAUUUGUGGAGUCACCAUGUUUGGUCCAGUUUGUGUUAAUGUUGUGUGUUUUUUACCACUGCAUAAUUGCUCUUCUUGUAUGUACAGUAUUAUUUGAGAGAAGAUAGUUUACUGAAAGUAAGCAGUUUUUCUAAGUACAUAUUUAUUUUGACACAAUUUUUAUAUUGAGAUAUUUACAUUAUCAAGCUAAAUAGUACUGUUUGAUGCUAAUUGUUGGUUUGCUUUUUGCAGUCAUGAAUUUUCAUUUAUCACGGCUUCCAAGUUGUUCUGGUAAUCCGGCUUGGCUACUUCCAGGAAUUCCAUCUUGGUGACAGUAUCUUUGAUAUUUCAGAGUUUAAAUGACUGACAGGAUUGAAUAUUUCACUACGCUUUCGUCUUUUCUCCGUGUUAAUGAUAAUGUUGUUGUUUGACUGAAACUAAGCUAUACACUUUUUUUUAAUUCUUUUCCUAUACCACAUUAUCAGUGUAAAUUUUUAUUACACAAACUCAACAUUAAUGAGUGUUAUGAUGUAAAGUUGUUUCUUUCAAUAUGGUGGUAAAAAAAAUACAUUCACAUUUUAAUAACACGUAGUCACAGUUACAUUUCUGUGAUUUUUGUUUGAAAAAUAUUUCAGAAUAAAUUGAGAAGAAACA